CUUUCCCAUGUGCCCAGACCCACAUCCCUUCUCCUUUAUUUCAUCUAAAACAAUAUUUUAACCCUUUAAAAACAGUGAUUAGUGCCCCAGGUGAUUAAUCAAACAUCAUGAGGAGAUUGUCUGAGGAAAGAACGAAGUUGUUGUUCGAAAAGCUGACGAAAUACAUCGGCGAUAAUGUUAAGCUGUUGGUGGACCGUCCUGACGGCAUAUACUGCUUCAGAGAGAAGAAGGACAGAGUUUACUACGUCUCGGAGAAGAUCCUCAAUCUAGCAUCGACUAUUGCACCUGAGAAUCUGAUGAGUUUCGGCACUUGCUUCGGUAAAUUCACGAAAUCUGGGAAGUUCAGGCUGCACAUCACUGCUCUGCAUUAUCUGGCACCCUAUGCACAGCACAAGGUAUGGCUGAAACCCUCGGCAGAACAGCAAUUUGUCUAUGGCCACAACGUGACAAAGUCAGGACUAGGAAGGAUAACAGAGAAUACACCGAAAUAUCAAGGAGUCGUUGUAUUCUCGAUGAAUGAUCUCCCCCUGGGUUUCGGUGUGGCUGCAAAAAGCACGGCUGACUGCAAAUUUGCGGAUCCAAUGGCCAUCGUCUGCUUCCACCAGGCGGAUAUCGGUGAAUACAUCAGAUCAGAAGACACUUUACUAUGAAAAUAAAUUUUUUUAUGGGCUAUAAUUAAAUUUAAUGGAUACAAGUGA